AUGGCAGCCAUCAGUGUUGAUCGUUUCAUCGCUGUUGUGUACCCUCUACGCUACAAAAGCAUUAUAGAUAGCUAUGGAUUAAAAAUACUUCUGACAACAUCUUGGGCAUUGCCUAUUACAGUUCCAAUUUUAAUCUCCGUUAUUCCUACCAAUUUCCCACAGGCAAAAGCUUUCAUUGGCUUAGGAAUUUUUGGCACCAGCUAUGUUAUUGUGUUUUUGUUUUACUCGCUGAUAGUGAUAUCAUUGGUUAAACGUCGAAUAGGAAGGAAACAACUUAGAAUGCACUCUUCUAAUGAUACCAGUCAGCCAAGCGUUGAGAUCCGCGUCGCCUUCACGCUAGCAAUUGUGAUUGCCGUUUUUACUGUUUGUUGGGCCCCGUUGGUUACCGCUCUUUUUGCCACUGGAAAGCCACUGGUGAAAAUCCAGGGAGUUGCACAUAUGUGGAUCGGGACCCUAGCUCUGUCAAACUCCGCUAUGAACUUUGUUAUCUAUGGCUCAAGAAUGCGUAAUUUCCAUGAGGCGUACGCUGUGUGCGGCCGAAAGUUGCUUGAAGUUUUUAGACCGAAAUAUUCUUGCGAGGACACGAAUUUGUAACUUGACAUUAGACUUGAAUGGCCAAGUUAUGUUGUGAAAAAACAGAACCUAUUAACUAAUUCAGAAUCGACUUUAUUAAAUGUUAAAAAUAUAUUUAAAAUGAUUUAAAAAGGGGGAACGUUUACUGGUGCCCGGCAAGAGGUUCAAUUAAAAUCUUGAAGGCAAAUCACCCGUGAGACCUUCGCCGUGAUUGGCCAAAAUACUUUUGUUUC